AUGACUCAGAAAUAUGUUGUCUUCGUUCGCAAUCCGAUUUCGAUGAAUUUUUCAGAUCCCUCAAAGCCCGUGGCACAGAUCAUGGAGGUUGAGGAGGACAUCCCAACCUCGUUCUUCGUGCUUAGCAAAGAAGAUGGAAAACUGCUCGCUCAGUACGACGCGCCGAGCUUUACCUUCUUUCACUCCGUUAACGGAUACGAUUUCCAGACCGCAAAUGGCGACACCACCAUCCACAUCGACCUAUGCAGCUACGACGAAGCCACCAUACCUUAUCGGGAAUACACUCUCUCCAAUGUCGUCGACCCUGCCGGUCCCUACGCAAAUGGGACCCUGACACGAUACGAACUCGCUGAUCUGAAUAUCCACCAAUACAGCCUCUCCGGUGCACCCGGUCGUGUCACCGUCGCCUCCGCUAUCGCUGGCACUGGCAUGGAGCUUCCACGAAUCUCCAAAUCUGCCUCGAUGAACCCAUCCUAUCGAUACGUCUACGCCACUGGCGGUAACGGCGAAUCCGCCCCGGGCACGCUCGUGCCAAUGGGUCGUCUCAGCAACGGGCUCAAAAUCACGCAGGCAGCCUUCUUCAAUAGUAUCGUCAAGUCCGACUGGGCAACUGGGAAGUUCCUGCGCUGGAAACCAGAUAAUGGAGAAAGUUGUCCAUGCGAGCCGAUUUUCAUCGGGAGACCCGGUGCCACCGAGGAGGAUGAUGGACUCGUUCUGACGAUUGUUUGCGACAGGGAGGGGACGCGUAGUGUACUGGUUGCCAUGGAUGGGAGAACUCUUACGGAGGUAGCGAGGGCGUAUAUGCCCCAGGUUUAUGGAUUGGGGCCCCAUGGGACGUUUGUUGAAGACUACUAG